UCCCAUUCUUCCCAAUGGUUGGCUCCCAUUUUCCUGCAACCUUCUCAUAGGCCUGCAUCCUAGCUACUGCAGGUUCCCGCAUCUGUAGCCUCUUCUAUUCAUUCUUUUCUUGACCUGCUGUCUAUCUAUCUUUUCUCCCCUCGUUCCUUUCUUCUGACUGGCAUUCUUUUAUUACCUUUGGCUUAGCUCCUUUCAGCCUUUCCUCUCUUUUCCUCUUCGCUUUCGCCCUUCUCUCCUUCUCUCCUCCGUCGUCAUCUCGACAUCUUCCUUCUUUUUCGUCCUCUUGUGCGUUCUUCAACUGUUCGUGGUUUUUACGGAAAGGGAAGAGAUGCUUGCCUGGUAAGCAAGUCACUAUGGCCUUUCGAUCAACCUCGAACUCCAACUCAAAGUCAUGGCUGGUCCUAAACUUUGGAUGCUGUGCAUCCAGUCGCGAUAGUCUGGAGAGUAAUGAUGAGGGUAGGGCUGCCUUGAGGGCAAAUGGAGAGUCUGAGAUGCGGAUAUGCUAUGACCAACCAGAGACAGUGGCACAACCUCGAGCAGAGCCAACAGUUGCGCGACCUUCUACCAGUCAAUCUAUGAGCCGCCAUGUCUCGCAAUGGGUCGCGAACAGUCGGGAUUUUGCUACGCGGGCGUCGUCCCGAGCGAGCGUCCAUACGCUCAGCAGGCCGAGGGCGUCGCACUCGAAGAGUAGGCCCAGUAUCGGACGACCAAUGGACUUCCGACAUUAUGGUGGUGUUGAGGGUCUCGAGAAUAUCCAGAGCAUGAUUGAUGAUGCUCCCAUGCCUGUUCGCCGACGACGAUCUUUCCGACCCAUUGAACUAUCCAUCUAUCUUCCUGAUGGUCGACUCUCUCCGUUGCCGGAUUUCGCAGAGGAGGAAUGGAAUACGCUUCCAGAGAUGCCGGCUCAGGCUCUUGUCCGUCCACGCGAUUCUCGUGUCAAUACCUUCUCCUCAGAGCUAUCGAUGUCGAACCAGGCGAUCCAACGCAAACCUGUGGGCUCAGGAGUUAGCUCCCGCCGCUCCAGCGUGAACAGUCAAUUCCCAUCUCGACCGGUAUCUGUUGCGCUGUCUACCUUGCCAUACAUGACCGAGGAGCCAGCAGCAAUCAGCCGUCCGGAAUCAAUUGGCAGUGUCGGAAACGUCCGCCGUUCAAACACCUCACAUUCACAAUCCUCCACAUCUCGCCUUCUCUCUCGAUUCCCCUCCCCAGCACGCUCUCGUUCGAAUACUUCUUCCACGGUGGCUACCCGUCCAGGCUCUCUCCGACGAGUGAAGACCGACAACAUCGACGAAGCUAUUCGCGAACUCAACACCAUCGUCGAGGAACGUCGUGCCUCGGCCUACCGAUCGCAAGUCCAGUCCACGACUUUCCCUACUCCCCCAACGAGACACACUCUGUCAACCCACGUACCUGCACUCGCCCCAUCCCGCGUUAUGCACGUUCGCAGCGAGACCCUUUCAGAUAUCGGUUCCGCAUUCUCUGCUCCAUUCGCGAGCAAACCCCUACCGACGCUCCCUGAAAGGCCCCAGACGGAGCUUCGUCUCGUCCCUCCAUCAAACACUUCAGGAGGCCCACUGACGUCGAACCCCGUGACUCCCCCGAGCGGCACGCCAUCUACACCAAUUCAGCGAUUUACAACCUGGCUCAAGCGCUCUAUUCCCACGACGCCCACAUCCGUCUUCACCUCUUCUCCCACUGAGAUCCACUCGUUCGCCGGGCCAUCCGCACUCCCAGCCUCUCGACCCAAAUCCACAAAGUCCACCAAAUCAACCCGCUCGACCUUCUCCACCCCCUUCUACAAACUCGCCCCAGCCUCCACGACCGGACCCUCCCUCCCACCAACCACCCGUCCAUCCACCUCCGCCUCUGAGAAGACCCUCACUCAUGCCCGACAAGACUCGACCGAAACCGCAACGGUAACCCUCUUCUCGACCUCCACCACACGCCCAACAACCCCAGCCCUAUCCCGCGGACCAACCCCCUCCCCCGACACCUCUCCCGACCUCUCCAAAGACGCGCCCCAGUCCUUCCAACGACACACCGCCUCCCUCCAAGCCCUCGCCGGCCCAGGAAAAGCCCGCCGCAUCCCUGCACCCCUCACCCUCGACAAGUCAUCCGCCCACAUCGAGCCCGCACUCCCUUCCUCCCGCAGCAUCCACAGCAUCAGAAGCAUCAACCAGAUCACUGGUGAGCCGGAGCUCGUCACGCUCGGCCUCAGACCGCCCAUGAGCCCCAACUACGACGUCCUUCGCGGGAUGGAGCGGACGGGUCGCGGCGUUAGCGGCGAAGUUGGCGUCGCUUUCUAGUCCUCACUUUCCUUCUCCCCUACUACCCCCUCCUCCUAUCCUUCCAACACCUUUCUCAGUCCAGCGCUGGCUAGACGACACGACCGACGAAAAAUCGACGUUCGGAGGGGCUCCUUCCUCCCCUUCGAACCGGUGGCGGGAUGUUUUAUUCUUUUCGUUAUACCCCCUUUUUUUUCCUUUCGGCUCUUUUAUGAUGGACCAGGCAUGGCGCCACGACCUUGCGGGGCCUUCACCCAUCCACAAUGUGUGCGUGUGGCUAGCUGGAUUCAUUGAUAUAGUUACUUUAUACC